AUAACACACAACCUAAUCCCAAAUUAAAUCCUCCUCUCUCACUCUCUCUGUUAAAUAUCUUCUCCUCCAUAACAGAGUAACAGCAACCCCUCUCUCUCUCCGUAAGCUAGGAAAAAAUACAAAUACAAAGCCACUAAAAUGGAGAACUCUUCCCUAAUUCAAGAAUCCCAAAUCCCCAGCCCCACCGCCAAUCCCCUCCGCCACCGCCCCUCCUCCAUCCCCAUCACAAGAUCCGACCCGAACAACCCCUACCCGACCACCUUCGUCCAGGCCGACACCUCCUCCUUCAAGCAGGUCGUCCAAAUGCUCACGGGCUCCACCGAAUCAAAUCCAACCCGCAGCCCGAUUCCGCCCAUGAAGACCGGCCCGCGAAAGGACAAGCUGUACGAGCGCAGGAACAGCCUCAAGAACUUCAAGAUCAGCCCGCUCGCCCCGGGCUUCCUAGCGGGCUACUCGGGCUCGCCCCGACCCGCCACGCCCGAGUCCCUCUCCCCGAGCAUCCUCGAUUUUCCGUCGCUCACGCUCAGCCCCGUCACGCCCCUCAUACCCGACCCGUUCAAUCGCGGGGCGAGCAACUUGAACACCUCGGCCGAGGACAAGGCAAUUAAAGAAAAAGGGUUUUAUUUCCACCCAUCGCCGGUUAAUACUCCCCGGGAUUCGGAGCCCCGCCUUUUGCCAUUGUUUCCGGUCACUUCACCCAGAGUUGCCGAUUCUUGAGUGAGUUCUUGUUUUUUUUUUCAAUCAAUUUUCAUUAAAUUGGUAGCUGUGUUUCGAUAUGUCAUGUACCAUUCAUUCUCAUGUUGUAUAAUCAAUCACAAAGAUUUGAUUUUGGGAUGAAUCCAUGGAAAAAAUUUGGAGGAAGAGUAAAUUUAAAUUAAACUCAUCUCAUGUAUGAUGUGUAAUUAAUUAAUGGAUUUAUCUUUCUUUCUUAA